GCCGACGUGUCGGUGGUGGAGGUGGAGGAGAUCGUGGAGAAGGGGGCGAUCCGCCCGGAGGACAUCCACGUUCCCAGCAUCUACGUGGAUCGCGUGAUCCAGGGGCACAACUACCAGAAGCGAGUGGAGCGUCUGACCACCAGCUGCAGCCAAGCGGCCGGCCCCGCGAGGGACACGGGAGCCAAGGACAUCAGGACGCGGAUCAUCAAGCGCGCGGCUCUAGAGUUCCAGGACGGCAUGUAUGCUAAUCUGGGCAUCGGGAUCCCUCUCCUGGCCAGCAACUUCAUCAGCCCCAACAUAACAGUUCACCUGCACAGUGAAAACGGGGUCUUGGGCUUGGGGCCGUUUCCCACGAAAGAUCAAGUUGAUCCAGACGUCAUCAACGCGGGCAAGCAGACGGUCACUGUGCUUCCGGGGGGCUCUUUCUUUGCCAGUGAUGACUCCUUCGCCAUGAUUCGCGGGGGACACAUCCAGCUGACCAUGCUCGGUGCCAUGCAGGUUUCUAAGUAUGGCGACCUGGCCAACUGGAUGAUACCUGGCAAGAAGGUGAAAGGGAUGGGGGGUGCCAUGGACUUGGUGUCCUGUCCCAGGACCAAAGUGGUGGUCACCAUGGAGCACUGCACUAAGACAAAGGAGCCCAAAAUCAUGGACAAAUGCACCUUGCCGCUGACGGGCAAGCACUGUGUGAACCGCAUCAUCACGGAGAAGGCCGUGUUCGAUGUGGACAGAAAGAAAGGGCUGACGCUGGUGGAGGUCUGGGAAGGUUCUUCUGUGGACGAAGUCAAGGCCACCACAGGAUGCCCCUUUCAGGUGUGCCCGAACCUCAAGCCCAUGCAGCAGGUCACAUCCUGAUGCAUGACAGCCCUGGCUGGAGUGGGGGCUGACUUGGAAAGUUGGUGACCGCA